CGCGCGCGGGCUGAGGGCAGAGGAGCGGAGGGUGAGUCGCAGCGGCGAGCCGCUGAUCUGGAGCCGCGUAGCGAACGGCUUCUCCUCACGCUCUGUGCUAACGGGCAGCCUGCACGCGGUGGGGGAGAGUCCCCGCCGCACUCCUUAUUCCCGCGGGGCAUCGGCUCACCGCAAGGUCAACACUCGCCUGUACUACUGGCCCGCUGCAACUACUCGUAGAGUUCAAAGCAGAGGUUGUCAUGUCACAGGACUGCAGCGAUGAGUGGGAGCUCAGCAAGGAGAAUGUGCAGCCCCUUCGGCAGGGCCGUGUCAUGUCCACCUUGCAGGAAGCCCUGGCUCAGCAGGAGACCUCCAUCCACACUGCUGUUCAGCUCAAAAAACAGGAGUUUGAAUCAGAAAUCCGGUUUUACUCUGGAGAUGAUCCACUGGAUGUCUGGGACCGGUACAUAAAGUGGACAGAGCAAACCUUCCCCCAGGGUGGAAAGGAGAGUAAUCUGGCAGCAAUACUGGAAAGGGCAGUGAAAGCUCUCAAUGAACAGAAGCGAUACUACAAAGAUCCCCGUUAUCUUAACCUCUGGCUCAAGUUUGGAAAUUACUGUAAUGAGCCCUUGGAUUUGUACAGUUACCUCCACAGCCAGGAAAUUGGCACAACACUGGCACUGCUCUACAUCACAUGGGCAGAAGUACUGGAGGCUAGAGGAAGCUUUAAGAAAGCAGAUCUGAUAUUCCAGGAGGGCCUUCAGCGCAAGGCUGAGCCUUUGGACAGACUCCAGUCCCAUCACAGGCAGUUUCAGACCCGUGUUUCUCGGCAGACAUUACUGGGGCUUGAGGAGACUUCUGAUGAAAAAGAGACAGGUCUGCUGGGAACUGCAGAACCUCAGAGAACCUCACUGGCAGAUCUAAAAGGCAGGGGGAAGAAAAAAGUGAGAGCCCCAAUCAGCCGUGUAGGAGAUGCACUUAGAGCCACAAACCAAACCAGAAGCUUCCAGACUCCAGCUUCUCAGCAGCUUUCCAAUAAUCCAGGAUUUGCUGUGUUUGAUGAAAAUUCAGCUUCUGGACCUGAGAUUCCUGUUCUUACACCACAGCCAUGGACAGCACCUCCAGCACCAAGGGCCAAGGAGAAUGAAUUGAGUGCAGGCCCUUGGAACUCUGGCAGGCGUCCCCGCAGCAGUGUGAAUUCUGGUCCAGAAGUGUCCUACCCACUGCCCAGUUUCACCCCGUAUGUGGAAGAGUCAGCUCAGCUACAAGUCAUGACUCCCUGCAAAAUUGAACCCAGCAUAAACCGGGUGUUAAGUGCUCGCAAACCUGAGAAAGAGGAGGACCCUCUGCAGCGAGUGCAGAAUCAUCAGCAGGAUACUCAAGAGAAGAAAGAGAUGAUGAUGUACUGUAAAGAUAAAGUUUAUGCUGGAGUUGAAGAGUUUUCUUUGGAGGAGAUCCGAGCUGAAAUCUACAGAAAGAAAGCAAAAAAGAAAGCUGAAGAGGAGAUGCAGGCCAUAACACAGGAGAUGGAUGAAAUACAAAGGAAAAUUGAGGAGCUGGAGAAGAAGUUAAAGAAGAAAGAAGGUGACGAGCAGCAGCAACCAUGUGAACAGCUAACAGAGUUAACUGAACCUUCCCCACCUUUGGGACUGCAAGGAUUUACUUCUUCCAGUGCAACAGAAGUUGGGGAGAAACAGCCUCAGUUGCAAAGUGAAUUCCAGGUUUCUGAAGAUACUCAACUCCGUAAACCAUCUUGUUCUGAGGAGGUUAUCCAGCCUCCUGAUGUAUGCCCGGACACACAAAGGGAAAGGGUGCUUUUAGACUCUGAGGAUGAACAGGAGCUGCAAAAGGAUAAAGCCAACCUUGGGAAGAAAGAUGUAGGUCUUCUUCCCCCACAAGAUCCUUCUACAUUUUUCACCAUAUUUGAUGAAUCCUCUACUUUGACAAAUCAGAAUAUAAGUUGUUCUGCAGAUCAUGCACAGAAAAGUGCCCGGCGCCCUCUUGCUGUUCGUAAACCUUCAGAUUCUCUAACUGCCAAUGAAAACGUGUCACCAGAAGCCAGUGAUGAGCUGAAUGGAAUUGAACCUUUGGCUGAAGAUGCAAUUGUGACAGGCUCCUACAAGAACCAAACCAUUUGUGCCAACCCAGAAGACACGUGUGACUUUGUUAGGGCUGCCCAUCUGGCUUCAACACCCUUUCAUGGGGUGGUAGCUCAGAGAAUCCCAGAUCCUGGUUUCUCCCAGAGUGUCCUGAAGGAAAACUGCCCAGAAGCUAAGAGCACACCCCCAAAUCAAGAAAUGCUGGUGUGCGAGGGAGUGUACAGUGAAGCUCUAUGUGUAAAUAAACUGAGCCCAAUCAUGGAAGCAAGCCUGGAGGAUACUCACUCGUCAGGUGGUUCUGUCUCCUCAGGAUCAUCUCUUUCCUCUGUUACACAAAUAUCUACUAUGAAAUACCUGCAUAUCCCUCAGAAACUGGAACUUGCCCAGAGCUUGCCUGCUGAAACGACUGCUGAUUCUGGAGGGAUCAGUGAAAACACGACUGUAGGUGACGAUGCAACUCAGAUCCUGUGGAACACUGAACAGUGUAAGAAGCUUUUAGAUCCUGUGCCAGAAUCAUUGACUGCUUCUCCCUAUUUCCACCUGGAAACUGGCCCUCUGCCUGUCAUGGAGCUUGAGAAAGAUGUUGAGCUAGGGAAUGACACAUACUGCAUCAAAUGGGAAUAUUGGACCAAGGAAGAAUACAAGAUGUUUUUUGCCAUUCCAGCUAACAUUCCACAGUUGGAUGCAAAGGGAUUUGCAAUAAAGGUGUAUUCUCAGCCCAUACCUUGGGAUUUUUAUAUCACCCUUCAGUUACAAGAGCGUUUGAAUGCUGACUUUGACCAGAACUUCAGUGAGAACUGCUGCUGUUACCUGUUCCAGGAUGGCUGUGCUGUUUUGCACAGGGAUAUCAAUCGCUUCACGCUUGGGGAUGUUAUCCGUGGCUGUAAGACCAUCACAGAGGAAUUUAUCCUUCUGGUUGUUUAUAAUCUUCUGGGUGUGGUAGAGAAGCUCCACAAAGCAGAGAUUGUCCAUGGAGAUCUCAGUCCAGAUGUGUUCUUUCUGGGAGACAGGAUCUGUGAUCCAUUUGCUAAUGAAGAGAUGAUGAGAGCUCUGAAGAUAGUGGAUUUCUCUCACAGUCUGGAUUUGAGAUUGCAGUCUCGAGUAAGCUUGUCCAACAGCUUUCCCAUAUCCCAGACCCCUCAUGGACAACAGCUUCUGGCAAAAAGUGCUCUUCCAUACCAGGUGGACUUGGUUGCCAUUGCAGAUAUAGUCCAUUUGAUGCUGUUUGGGGAUCAUAUCCAGGUCUAUCACGAGAAUUCCAUCUGGAAAAUCAGCCAAAAUGUAUCAAAGACUUUUGACAGUGAUUUCUGGAGUAAACUUUUGGGAAGAAUUGUGAAUGCAGAUGGUAAGUCCACAGUGCCUCUGCUGAGGGAGUUAAGAGAGGAAAUAAGUGACAUGUUUGACAGCAGCUUCCAAGGACGACUUUGUGAAUCCUUAGCUGAACUGGGAGAAACUCUUGGAGAACUUCCUGGGAUUUCCUAGAGGACAAAUGCAUUUUGAGAGAGGAAUUUGUUGUUAACUUAUUUAUUUUCUUCCAAGCGUGAACAGUGAUUGUAGCUGGAUCUGCAAUGCUUCCCCAUGGGACUUGCUAAAGACUGUUGAUGUUGCAUUACUGCAUAGGUAACCUCCUAAGCCUGCUACAUGAACUGGUCCGUGUCUGACCAGUUUGCCAGAGGAAAUUGGUUGUCACAACUGCCUCCUCCCCUUUCUGUAUAGUUUAAGAAUGUGUUUAAUACCUAGUUCACACCACAGUCUCUGAAACGUCUUUGACCUACAUUUAGUUGGUCUUUUAAUUGGUGUUUCAUUAAUAAAGUUGUAUUUUAGUAGCAACUCUGUCAUAUUAAACGUUCCUGUCAGCUGGUUUCAAAA